AUGAAGAUGACGUGCACAAGUGCGGCCGCUGCCAGGCCGAGUUCACCUCCUUGGAAGAAUUCGUGCAGCACAAGUUACAAAAGGUCUGCCAGCGAGCUCCAGAGGCUCUCGCCGCCGUCUCGGCCGGGCUCCUCAAGCAUGAAGUCGUUCCUUCUGUCGAGGAGUCCAUAACUGUUGCUCAUAUAGUUGUUGAAGCAUCUUCAAUAGCAGAGGAAAUCAGCAACGCAUCUGCUAUAGUAGGCAGCGGGCACAUCAAAGAAGUCAUCGUUGCAGGAGAGCACGUUUUUGAAAACCCAAAUGGCCACGUCGAUGGGGAAGUGGCUGAAGAGCCAGGGAACCCUGACGAUCAGGAGCAGGAUAUGUCCACAGAGCUGAUAAAGGUUAAGCUGCUGGUUAACAAAGAGGGGCGAUACGUCUGCGAGUUGUGCCAGAAGACGUUUAAAACGGCCAGCAUCCUCAAAGCUCACAUGAUCACCCACAGCAGCAGAAAGGACUACGAGUGUAAACUCUGUGGAACCUCCUUCAGGACAAAAGGCUCUCUGAUCCGGCACCAUCGCUGUCACACUGAUGAAAGACCCUACAAAUGCAAGAAGUGUGGGAAGAGCUUCCGGGAGUCAGGAGCGCUGACCCGGCACCUCAAAUCCCUGACGCCUUGCACCGAAAAAAUCCGCUUCAACGUGAACAAAGAAAUCGUGGUCAGCAAGGAUGACUUGCCAACAGGCUCCUGUAGUGCCAGUGCAGACACCGUUUCGAUAGCCAGCGAGUCCAUCGAGACCUCGCCCGUCAUUCAUCUCAUGACAGAUGCUAAAGGCAACGUUCUCCAUGAAGUCCAUGUCCAAAUGCAGGAACUCCCUGUUGUGGAUGCAAAAUCCCUGGACCAAGACCAGUCACAUCCUGAGGAGCUGCCGUGCGAGGGGGAAGUGAACAGUGAGAAUCUGCUGAGGCAGGCCAUGAGGAAUUCGGGUAUCGUGAUAGAGAGGGUGGCAGUGGAGGAGAUGCAGAAGCCCCCUGAGCCUGCUGUAGCUGCUGCAGAAGAACUGGAAAAUGAAGCAGUGGGAGCAGAAGAGGAGCCAUGUGUGGAACAGUGUGUUAAAGUAGAACAAGCAGAGUCUACAAAUGCAGAGAGAACCAACGGGUACAAAACUUACACCUGCCCUCACUGUAAUGAAGGUUUUGGUGAUGCUGCUUCCCUGGAGACACACAUCAAAGGUCAUUUAGAUUACAAGCCUUUCAAGUGUGAGGAGUGUGGCAAAGAGUUCACCAAGGGCUACCUGCUGAAGAGGCACCAGGAGGUGCACGUGAACGAGCGGCGGUUCCGCUGCGGGGAGUGCGGGAAGCUGUACAAGACCAUCGCCCACGUCAAGGGGCACCGGCGGGUGCACUCGGACGAGCGGCCCUACUCCUGCCCCACCUGCGGCAAGCGCUACAAGACGAAG